AAAGCUUUAAGUCGUGAUUUGCAAUGGCAUACACGUUUCUGUCAUAUGGCGUCGGUGUGACUCACAGGCAAGAUCCGCCUGUCUGAUACAUCCGUUCUGUGUUGUUUGUGUGCAGAGUGCUUGGUGCAGAGGGAUGACGCGCAUGACAUUGUGAUGGUCAACUGAGGCAAUAAGUACUUCGGCACUGACGGUACGGGCGGCAUGGAUAAAUCAGAUGAAAGGAAUGAGGUCUUGACGCUUGACGGUCUGUUCGUGCGUUGUGUCCAGAUCCCUUUGGAGCUGUGCCGCGUGUAAAGGCCUCAUCGACAUCACUGCAAAGAAGCGACAGGCAAACGGAGCAAAAUGGAAGUGGACUGCCGGUGGGUUCAUCGACAUUACACACAUCCACCGACCCGUAGACGUGUUGCUGCUGUUGCUGGCUGGUGUCAUUCAGUAGCAGACUUCUCCGCUUUCAGUCCGCUUGACAUCGACUGCUCCCUGUGGGCGCUGGAGGGCUGCUUCCAGCUGUAUGUGUUCAUCUCCAGCGACUCUGUGUAUGAGGUGUGUGAUACGCAGCGGUCAGUCAAGACACACGUGCCAUCACAUGCGUUUGCGUCGGUUGUACUGCGCAAUGCAUGAUGUGGUUGUGCAGGUGGUCUGGUCGGUCUCAUGUGUGUGAGGAUGAUCUGUCCGGCCAGCCGAUGAUGCGGUCCGACGCAAUGGAAAGGACAGAUAUGGACAUGUGAGGCAAUUACAAACCCAGCGAUCCACGCGUCCACGCAGAGAUGUUCCGUGGUUUAAUCAGAGGAGACUGGCGUGCGAGGAGUGGCUGUCGAGAUGGCUGUGCGAUGGGGACGGCAGGCGAGCAGACGACACGGCACGUUCGCCGCCACGGAUAGUUGCGCUGAGACUCGCUGACGCCAUCGAUAUGCACUUCAAGACAGCGUACCCAUUCAUGAGCACAACGCGCGUGUGUAUGUUGCCCUGUGCUGUGUGUAGGGCCAUAUGACGACACAUAUCGCUUGUGGGCCUAUUGGUUCUGGCUGCAGUGCAGGCGCACUGAGCCGAUACACCUGGUCUGGUGAUGCUGUCUGUGCACGAGAGGCAAGGAGGGAUAGAGGACGUCUGAGCGACCGGUCCCUCUGUGUGGACACUCAUCAAUGUGUGGCAUCUAUGUAUCAGCCCGAGCACUACAAGCAGCAAAGGCUGUCCACUACAUACAGGUGUGUGCCACUCAAUGUUCAGACGUACUCAUUGUGCUCGUGCCGCUCUCUGUCGUUAAUCAUGAUGUGGUCCGCGUGAUUGUGGCGCUCAUCGAUGAUACAAUCCGGCCCUCUCAUGAGCCCUCCCAGCCCCCAGCGAAGCGGCCCCGAUUAAUGCAGCCGCCAUGGGGCCAAGCGGCCUUAGAGACAUACGAUGUGGUCAGUCGUAUUGAUGCACUGACACAUGUUAACACAUGACCGGCUGUGUGCCUUUCUGUAUGUGUUCGUGUCCCAUUCAUUAGGCCUGCGAAGAGGCCAUGGACAUCAGAGAAUUCCUCGUGCAAGUGGUGAGCAGCGAAAUGCCGCCCGCCCACAUACAGGAUGCAUCAAGCUGUGUGUCUUCUUUGUUCGGUUCCAAGCCGGCUGCACGGACAAGGACGCAUCGCCCCGAUUCCGCGUCAUCUACAAUGAGAAUGACACCGGCUACACCUGUCUGCUGCCGUCUGUCGAGCGGUUGCAGCCCCUCGAUGUGUCCAAGGUGACGGCAGCCAUGAAGUCGCUUGACAUGGGCUUGACGCUCACACCAGUGGUACGCCGACCGGCUGCAUCGAUGGAGUAGCUGUUAUCUUUCUGUUGUGCAUGUGGUGGAUGGACCAGAGUGAGGUGAUCCGAGCAAUUUGUAAAUAGUGUCGCCAGGCAGUGGAGACACACGUAGGUCACAUUCAAGCAGCACACAAACACGUAAGCCUGUCUAUCUGUGUGCGUAUGGUAGACAGAUGAGGCCGUUCGCGCCGCCCGUUAGUUACCGUCAUGUGUGCGUCGAGCGGUGUGGCAGCAGUAUGGCUUCAGCCAGCGACUCGAACUCGGACCGCAGUCGGGCGGGGAGUAGAUGAACGUACAAGCUGCAAGACAGACGGUUCUGCCCAUGCUAAGCGGACUGUUUGUGUAUGUUAGUUAAGAGUGAGGGACGAAUCAGAGACUCCCUGUUUGUCUCUAUACGUCUGUUUGUGUGAAUGACACUGGCCAAAGCACACAGCUCCGUGCACAAAACACAUGAUCUAUCAUCAAACACUCUGAUUUACCUCGACAGAGCUGUGAGCUGUGGGUGAGAAUCGCGGGAAGAUGCCUAAAGAUAAGCACAUGAACAGCUAAG